UGUUUUUGGCCUGCAGUGUCACAUUGUAACAAACUAUCAGGAAGAGAUUUGUGCUGCUGAUAUGUUUAGUUACAGAAGAUUAUCUAAACUAGAAAAUACUUAAAAUACUUGUCCACAUGAAGUCUUCACAUGGUUUUCUCGAGUUACCAAUUGAGCAGACAUGAAUCAGUUAGAAGAAGAAUCGAGACAAUUACAGGAUGAACAGAACCGUAUAAAGGAUGAACAGAACCAUAUAAAGGAUGAACAAAACCGACUGCUGCUCGAGAGGAAUCAAGUAGCGGCUGCAGAGAAAGCAAUCAAAGCAAAAAACAAACGGCUAAAAGCAGCUUGGAAGAAAACGGUGGCAUUGCAAAGGGAAGUCAAGAAUAAGAAAAGAAAAGUGUGGACCACAGUGAAAACCUUUGUGGCUCAGUAUACAGCACAACUUAUUUCUUUGCUCUUAAUUGGAAUGGUUUUUGCUGGCUACAAAUUGAGCAGUGAAGGGACUCGAUUAGAACAUGAAUGGAGACGACUACAGGGUGAACGAGACCAACUACAGGAGGAACGAGACCAACUACCGCUCGAGAGGAGGCAUCUACUGGCUGCACAACAAGCAAUCCAAGCAGAAAACAAGCAGACAAAGGCGGCAUGGAAGGAAAUUGUUACACUGCAAAGUGAAUUUAUGAAAAAGGUUAUAGAUAAGAGGGGAAAUAAAGGCACAAGGGAUGGCGAUGAGGACUGGAGAGACUACAUGAAGACAGGAAUAAGGUUUUUUGAUAUAGCUGCUACGUUUCACGAAUUAGCAAAAGGGUUAUUUUAAGCUACAGAAAAUUUUUACCUAAUAAUCAAAAAUAUGUGUACCUGGGUGAUUGUAAUAACCAUAUGCUCACUCGCACCAUACCAGCAUUUAAAGUGAAUUUGUCAUAUAUUUUUUACAGUAGUUACAGCUAUGCUCCAAAUCUCCAGCAUAAAUAUUGCCAAAAUUCUGUCUGUCUGCAGCCAGCACUAGAGGGAGCUCCGGAGUUUACUCCCUACUGUGUAUGCAGUAAGCUCCCUCUAGUGGUGGCUGCAGACAGACAGAAUGUCAUCAUAUAAUGUUAUAGUUGAAUGAAAGAAAACUGUUGGGGAAGUUUUGGAUCUCUGUAAUCAGAUAGAACUUCGACCAUAUGAAAAUAUACAAAAAGGCUAAUAUUAGCAGCUACAAUCAGUACCCAGUUAGCGCAUGCUGUACUUGGAAGAGUCUGUCAACAGAUCUGUAUACCUAUGACACUGGCUGACCUGUUCACUUGGCAGCUGAAGGCAUCUGUGUUGGUCCCAUGUUCAUAUUUGCCCGCA